AUGUCUAAUGAAAUCUAUGCCAAUUGUGAGUUUGAUAAUGACAAUGUUCGGACAACAGACAGGGUUGAGGAUCUUUAUACAAAUAAAGAGAAUAUCAAUUCUCAUGUCUCCAGCAGCAAGACAAAGGAUGUCUCUCCAAAGAGCAGACCACUGGCUACAAACCCAGGUACCGAGAGCUCAGAGAGGAGAUCAACCAGAGCUGCUGCAGUGUGUCUGGGGCUGCUGUGUGUUCUCCUACUGGCUGGGAUCGUAGGCCUGUUUGUCUACUAUAAUGGAGUGAUGGGCAGUUUUGAAGAAAACAUCUUAGUUUAUAAAACCAACUCCUCAGCUGAAAAAGACCAGUUGGAAACCAAGUACAAUGCCAUGACUAAAGAGAGGGACCAACUCCAGGUUGAGAGAGACAAUCUUCAAGCAAAGCUCUCGAUGGUAGAACAACAUUUACAACAGGGAUGGAUAUAUUACAAGUCCAGUUUGUACUUCAUCUCUACUGAAAUGAAAACCUGGGAGGGGAGCAGAGAGGACUGUCUGAGGAGUGGAGCAAAUCUGGUGAUCAUAAACAGCAGAGAGGAACAGGUCUUUAUCCAUGGAUUGAAAAAGGAGACGUUCUGGAUUGGUCUGACUGACAGAGUUGAAGAGGGGAUCUGGAAGUGGGUGGAUGGCACAGCACUGACCACAGGGUACUGGUGGAGUGGGCAGCCUGAUAAUAGAAACGGCAUUGACGAGGAUUGUGCUGCGCGAUGGUCCGAUCUUUCUACUCCAGAAAAGGGCUGGCAUGAUGCACCGUGCAUCGAACUGCACUUUUCGGUAUGUGAGAAAAUUGCCUUCCUGUAA